AAUCAAUUAUUUUAUGUAUGCAAAGAAAUAUUCACAAUGUUUUUGUUUGACUGGUUUAGAACUAUAUUGCAGUAUUUCGGUUUCAUCAACAAGAAAUGCAAAUUGCUCAUCAUAGGACUAGAUAACGCAGGCAAAUCAACCCUUCUGUCGAAGAUAAAAGAUGGACGUCUCGUGCAACAUCCACCAACAAAUCAACCAUGGUCGGAGGAGCUAACGGUGGGAAAAGUGACUUUCCAAGCGUAUGAUCUAGGAGGACAUGCAUCAGCACGACGAGUUUGGAGAACAUAUUUCCCAGCAGUUGAUGGUAUAGUGUUUAUUGUUGAUGGGUGUGACAUUGAAAGAUUACCAGAGGCUAGAGCAGAAAUAACUGGUAUUCUAACAGACGAAAUAGUGUCCGAUGUACCGGUCCUUAUACUUGGUAACAAAAUAGACAAACGUGGUUGCUAUGGUAAAGAACAACUUAUCCAAGAGCUUGGAAUAAACAUGCAUUUAUCGGAAAAUGUAAAUACAGAAGAUAAAUCCAGCACCAGACCAUGUACCUUAGUAAUGAGCAGUGUUGUACAACAAAUUGGAUAUGGUGAUGGCUUUAGAUGGAUGGCCUCACAGAUACAGGACAAUGGUCGAAAUAACUGAGAGAGCGCAUAUAUAACAGACUGUUUAAGAACACCCAUUUGUUCAUA